AACACAUGCCAUAUAACACUAAAUUUGAACCCAACAGCAUUUUUAUUCAUCACUUUUGCUAGAAUAGUGUCGAAUCAAUGGCCGACACAAUUUUUCGAUAUCCUUUUAGAAACUUUUUCUUGGACCAUCCUCCAAAUUUUAGAGAAUAUUAUGGCUCAACAUCACUCUUGGAUUGGAUUGAAUCCCCAACUGCUCAUAUCAUCAAAAUCAAUGUUCCAGGAUUCAAGAAAGAUGAGAUAAAAGUGCAGAUUGAGGAAGGGAAUGUUUUGCACCUAAGAGGAGAAAGUUUGAUAGAGGAGAAUCAUGGAAAGGAAAUUAUUUGGCAUAUUGCUGAGAGAGGAAAUGGAAAAGAAGAUUUCUCAAGGAUGAUUGAAUUGCCUGAGGAUGUUAAAUUGGAUAAGAUUAAGGCACAUAUUGAAAAUGGAGUUCUCACUGUUGUUGUUCCUAAGGAUUUAUCUCCUAAAUCGCAUAAAGUUCGAAAAGUUAACAUCAAUAGUAGGCUUUAAGUUUAUCAUAUUAAUUGUAUUUAUAUGAAUAAGAAUGGAAGGAAAAAUAAAUGAAAAACAAUUGCAUGUUGUGAUCAAAAGUAAUGGAAUUUUUCUGUUUGGAUUGUAUGAACAAUUGAUAUGAGUCUUGUGUUUAUGUAAUUACUUUUAAAUAUUUUUAGUAUAUUCACAUU